UCAAUUGAGUUACUUGAUUCAAUUGUUAGAAUAUUGAAUCAAUAGUUUUGUAUUGUUAAAUUUAUUUUCGUUAAAAUAUAAAAAAAGAUGCCAAUUGGUAAAAUAAUUUUAAAGCCGAGUGUUUCAACAUGCACAACUGACGAGAAAAAAAGUAUCUUAACAGCAGAUUUGACUCAUUCAACCAUCAUUACCUUCAGAACAGAAUCCAGCAAAAACUGUGCAGGGAGCAUCGAGGAAUCAAAUAAUGGAUGUGCAUGUGCAGAUCAAAGAAACGUUGAAAGUAAACAUGAAGCGGACAGCAUGAUUGACAAGACAAUUGUUGUUGUUAAAUCAGAUGACAGCAAUUCGUGUGAAGUUACGGAUUUUAAUUUAGCUAGCAGCGAACAACGUGUUAGGAAUCAUUUUGUUAACAAUAAAAAUGUAACCUUUGUCGCAUCAAAAAGCGCAAACGUUAGCUUGGAUCUUAACACAACAGCGAUCGAUGGUACUAAUUUGAAAAUUUUUAGCGAAAACCAAAUCAUUGAUGAAAGUAAUGAAUUAAACAAGCAGCAGAAUAACAUGGAAAAACAAGCUUCUGUGAAGCGCGUACAGCCAUUUGAAGACGCCGAUGUUAUCUUCAACGAGAAAAAUGCGACAUUUAGGCUGCCUAGAAGUGAGUCUGCUAUUCAAGAAGAGGUCAGAAUCUUCAGUGAACGAGAAGAAUCGUUAAGGAAGGAAAGAGGUUUUCAAACACAAGAGCCGUUAGUUCAGAGUGAAGUUGUAGAAAUAAUUCUGGACAUGUUGUUGCCAAAUUUGCAGUCCCAAUCGAGUUCAGAAAAAAAAGAUGUAGUAAAAAAAUUUUCAGAAAUGCGGUUGAAGAACGAAUUGCUUUUUGAAAAAUGCAAAGAAAUUGAUUUGCUGAACCAAGGAAGAAUUAAAUCACUUUCUGAGGAACACGAUUUUGGACAGUCAGAUAAUCAACCAAAUGUAAAAAACAAUCGAGAAGAACUUGUUGAACUUUUCAAAAAAGAGCUUAAACACGUUUCACUAGAGCGAUUGGUUGGCUUUUAUAAAGCCGUAGAUCAAAAAUCUGCAGAAAAUUGUCCCAACGAAGAAGCACCAAAAGAAAUUCGCAAAAUAAAAUUAUUAAGUGGAUACAAAAGGGAAAAUAGUAGAGAAAUGAAUUUUGAGACAUCAAGUUUGGAUGAAUUGCUGAAGACUGAUGCGGUUAAUGCGGGUGCCUCACGUGUGUCAUCAGGCAGUUCAAACCUUAGCAGUGAAUUCAAGAAAAAAGUUUCAAACAACGAAAAUGCUAACGAAAAACACUUGCUUGCGCAUCAGGUGUCUCAAGAAACCAAUCAAGAGAUUCAAAUGCAACCAAUCAAGCAACAGUCUCAGCGAUCAGACGAACAAUCAGUACAAAAAAUGCAGAUACAAAAUUUAAUUCAAAGAAGAGAACGGCAAGAAAGUGAGCCGCAACCACAACCAAAGUUCAUCAUUCGACAAUAUGAACAACAAUUUCGAGAAAACCCAUCCAACCUCAAUCAGCAACAAAUUAAAUUGAAACAAGGAGUUCAAAAAAUAACAACUGACCAUUUCGAACCCUCCCCCCCUCAAACAUUGCAGAAACAGUUGCAACAGCAAAUUGUACAAGAGCAAUCGAAACCACCACAGUCUCAUCAAAUGGAAGAUACACAAUUUAGAAGUGAACAAGCAAGAAAGAAUGCAGAGCCAGGCGGUUUCAUCAGAUCGUCCAGUCACGACAAACCUGAGAAGAGAAUAAAACAUGAAAUGGCAGAAGCUAAAAAGAAAGAAGAAGAAUUGAAAGAGUAUAGAAGAUCCUUGAUAAACUUCAUAGCCGAAAGGACAAAACUGGCCUGAUUGGUUUGAGCGGUUAUUUACUAAAUAUCUUCGUAUCAUACAAAUUAACACCUGCAUCGAAUUAAGAUCACACAUUUCAAUUCAAACUUGAAAGUUUGUCAAGAUGAUUGAUUCUUCAUGGAUUAUUCUGGAAUCAAUUUUCGAAAUUUUGUAAACAUUUACAUUUUUAUCAAUGAAUUUAUACUAUAAUUUAUAAUAUUUAUAACAUAAACUUGACUAGUUGACUCGAAAUAAAAUGCCAUUCAAACACACAUACACACAAACAAGUACACAGACACACACACACACACAAACAUAUAUAUAUAUAUAUAGAGAGAGAGAGAGAAAUCAACAUACAUGGAUGUGAUUAAUAAAAUGUAACAAGCUAUCAAUUGUUAGAGCAAUAAAUUCAGUCAAUUGCGUUGA